AUGGCGUGCUCACUCCCGCUCCACGCUCCCCUCUCCUCGUCGCCUCGUAUCCUCUCCUACCUCCCCACGCCCAGAACCCUCCCUCUGUUCCGUCGAAGGCCUAGGAUUCCGCGCCACCGUCCCCCGUCCCCGCCUCGCGCGCUCCCGGACGUUGCUGCGGGGGCCGUGGCGGGCAUUCGGGACGCGCUCGCCGACGCCUUCUUGACGUCGCCGCCGACGUGGCGGUCCGCCGCGGCCAGCAACCUCGCCGUCUUCGUCGCCGGAUCGCCGGUGCUCCUCUCGGGCCUCUCCGCCUCCGGCUUCGCCGCCGCCUAUCUCCUGGGCACCCUGACGUGGCGCGCGUUCGGGGCCCCGGGUUUCCUCCUCGUCGUCGCCUACUUCGUUGUGGGCACAGCGGUUACUAAGUUGAGGAUAAGACAGAAGGAAGCUCUGGGAGUAGCAGAGAAAAGAGGAGGAAGAAGAGGGCCUGGAAGUGUUAUUGGUUCUAGCGCUGCCGGUUGUGUUUGUGCCGUACUAUCAAUAUAUCAUGCUGGUGGUACAGCAUCCUCUGAGCUCUGGAGACUGGGCUUUGUUGCUAGUUUCUGUACUAAACUAAGUGAUACAGUUUCAAGUGAAAUAGGGAAGGCUUUUGGAAGAACAACGUACCUGGUGACAACAUUAAAGGUUGUUCCUAGAGGUACAGAAGGUGCAAUCAGUAUUGAGGGUACUAUUGCUGGAAUUCUAGCGGCUGUGUUUCUUGCAGGUGUUGGUUAUCUUCUUGGGCAGGUGGAUGUAUCACAAGUUGCGGUAUGCGUUCUUGCCUCUCAGAUUGCGAAUUAUGUUGAGAGUUAUAUUGGGGCGACUUUGCAAGACAAGGAAGGUUUUGAAUGGCUGAAUAACGAUAUUGUCAAUGUACUGAAUAUCUCCAUUGGUGCCAUAUUGGCUCUUCUAACGCAGCAGCUGCUCCAACGCCAGGUCGCCAGCGGGUGCUUCCCGCUCUGUACCAUGACUCGGGGAGGCGACACAGAGCUGAGCAAAGAAACAAGCUGGGCCUGUACCCGCUGGUGCUUGUCCGUCUCUCACACUUACCGGCAACCAGCCACCAGUACUUCCGUUUGUGGAAUUACGGGCGACCCGAACGCAACGCGAGGCCUUGCCUUUGCCUGGACGGGGGACCCUGUGCCCCUGUUCUACUUGUACUCCUCGCGCGCUUUCUCUGUCGUCGUCGCGUCAAUCGAGUCGCUCACGCGAGUCACGAGCCCCCUGUUUUAUUGCUGCAAGGGCAAGCCUUCCUUCCUGGCGAGACUCCCCGUCCGUUCCAGUCCGCAAAGGCCCACACCCCAGAGCCGCACGCGCGAGCGCGAACACCAUGGUGCCAGCGUUCAUUGCCCUGCUGCUGUCCCUGCUCCCCGUGGCCGCCGACGCGCAGCGGCAGCGGCAGCGGCGGCGGCGGCGGCAAUGGAUCCAACAGAGAGGGAGACGCUGUUCCGUGUCAUGGAGGCCGUGUCCUCCGACCGGGACUGGCGCGUCGAGAGCCCCGACCCCUGCAGCGCGCCGUGGCCGGGGCUCGAGUGCAAGCCGGCCGCCGACGCGGCGGCGCGCAUGCACGUCACGCGGCUGGACUUCGGCGUGGAGCCCAACCCGACGUGCAAGGACACGGCGUCCUUCCCUCCCGAGGUGUUCUCCCUGCCGCACCUCCAGUCCCUCUUCUUCGUCGACUGCUUCACCAACCCGGCCGCCGCCACGACACUCACCCUGCCGGCGCCCGCCAACCUCUCGGCGGCCUCCGGCCUGCAGCAGCUUAGCAUCAGGGCGAACCCGGCGCUGUCCGGCACGAUGCCGCCGGCGCUGGCCAGCCUCCGGGCCCUCCAGGUGCUCACCGUCUCCCAGAACGGCCUGGUCCGCGGCGAGAUCCCUCUGGGCAUCGGGGACCUCACCUCGCUGGUGCGCCUUGACCUCAGCUACAACUCGCUCUCGGGGCCUGUGCCGACCCAGAUUGGCCAGCUCAGGAGCUUGGUCGGUUUGGACCUGAGCUACAACUCGCUGUCUGGCGCCAUCCCGAGCCGGAUCGGCGAGCUGCGGCAGCUGCAGAAGCUGGACCUCAGCUCCAACAACCUCACCGGCGGCAUCCCGGACACCGUCGCCAACCUGACCUCGCUCACCUUCUUGGCGCUCAGCAACAAUGGCCUGACCGGCCAUUUCCCUCCAGGCAUCUCCGGGCUACGAAACCUCCAGUACCUGAUCAUGGACAACAACCCAAUGGGCGUCCCGCUGCCUUCCGAGCUCGGCAGCCUUGCCCGCCUGCAAGAACUCCGGCUGGCCGGCUCCGGCUACUCGGGCCCAAUACCGGAGGCGUUCGGCCAGUUGGCGAGCCUGACGACGCUUUCGCUGCAGGACAAUAACCUGACGGGGCCGAUCCCCGCGGCGCUGAGCCGCUUGGGCAGGAUGUACCACCUGAACCUGAGCAACAACGCGCUUGGCGGGGCCGUGCCGUUCGACGGCGCGUUCCUGCGCCGGCUCGGCGGGAACCUCGACCUGAGCGGCAACUCCGGGCUGUGCCUGGACGACCGGAGCGUCCUGCGGGGCGUCGGGGUCGGCAUCGGCGCCUGCCGAGGCAGCGGCGACGGUGACACCCCGUCGUCGUCGGCGCGUACUAGCUCGGGGAGCAGAGCUCCGGGAAGAGGUGUGCUUACGACGACUGGUCCCCUGUUAUGCCUGCUCAGCCCUGCGUGCGUGGCCGAUACAGGUGGCAUGGGCAAGGGUGGCAUCGGCGAGUUCGAGGUUGACCUACUCAAGGAUGACCGGACCCGCCGCACGGAGUCCGAUCGUGCCAACGCGCACACAACAGCAAGACCAGAUCCUCCCUGCACAACUGGACCAGACCCACCAACGCUAGGGUCCGGUCGUGUCUAG